CUUGUAAAUGCAUUGUGCUGGAUGGACAGAGGAUGAUGUGUGAUGAGGAGUAGUGUAGUAUCAGCUGCCUCCCUCAUCCUACACACCACAAUGGGCUCUGCAGAAGGGACUACAGACCAGUCCUCACCAUGACUAGCAUCUCCUGGCUGACAGGAAAGCUGCAACCCUCCUGGACACAAUGGACACCAUCUCCAUCCUGCAGCCUUUAGGUUGACUUGGCUAGCUCUGUAUCUUCAUCCCCCUAUAAGAUAUGCCUCCACAGGAGCUGAUGUUGUAAGGUUCGCUUGAUAUCCAAAAAAGGACAAAGGUUUAUAGAUCAGAACAUUGUUAUCUGAGAUGGCAAGGCUUCGAAGGAAAGCAUGUAUUGCUCUUUUCCUUUUUACUCUCUUUAUUUUUGGAACUAUGAUGGGCUUGCGAACUUUAAAGCCCACAGAUGGCUUUUCUGACCUGGCUCCUGGCCUAGAGCUUAUGCCCUUUGGAGAACAAUCAGAGAAGCGGUCUGCUUCCAGUGAUGUUAUUUCCCAACCACAAGGCACUGCAAAUGCACCAGACCAAACAAAAGUGUACUAUGAUCUUCAUGUUUUCUACUACAUGUGGUAUGGAAAUCCUAAGUUUGAUAACAACUAUAUCCACUGGGAUCAUGUGAUGGUACCUCAUUGGGAUCCAAAAAUUUCAGCAAGUUAUCCAAAAGGUAGACAUAGUCCACCUGAGGAUAUUGGUUCCAGCUUUUACCCAGAGUUAGGACCCUACAGUUCUAAAGACCCAGAGGUCCUUGAAGAGCAUAUGAGGCAGCUGAGGGCAGCUGCUAUAGGAGUACUUGUGCUGUUGUGGUACCCCCCUGGUACAGCAGAUGAGAAUGGAGAAGCAGUGGAAAAUCUGGUACCACUAGUUCUGGAUGCUGCUCACAGAUACGAAAUAAAGGUGGCAUUUCAUAUCCAACCAUACAAGGGACGUGAUGAUCACACACUUCAUGAAAACAUUAAAUACAUCAUUGAUAACUUCGGAUCCCAUGCAGCUUUUUACAGAUAUAAAACAAGUACUGGUAAAAGCCUUCCUUUUUUCUACAUUUAUGACUCCUAUCUAACACCACCUGAAUCAUGGGCAAACCUACUGACAGUGACUGGCUCACACUCUAUCCGUAACACCCCUUAUGAUGCAGUUUUUCUUGGCCUGUUGGUAGAGGAAGGACACAAACAUGAUAUCCUUACAGCUGGGUAUGAUGGUAUUUACACAUAUUUUGCCUCCAAUGGUUUUUCUUUUGGCUCCUCACACCAGAACUGGAAAACUAUCAAAAGCUUCUGUGAUACCAAUAAUCUUAUGUUUGUACCAAGUGUUGGUCCUGGCUACAUAGACACAAGUAUCAGGCCAUGGAACAAUCAUAACACCAGGAAUAGAGUGAACGGAAAGUAUUAUGAAACAGCUCUUCAGGCUGCCCUCACUGUCCGUCCAGAAAUAGUUUCCAUUACAUCGUUCAAUGAAUGGCAUGAGGGUACCCAGAUUGAGAAAGCUGUUCCAAAGAAAACAGCCAAUCGUCUCUAUUUAGACUAUUUGCCGCACCAGUCUGAACUCUACCUUGUUCUUACAAGGAAAUGGGCAGAACACUUCAACAAGGAAAAAGAACAAUGGCUUAUGUGAGCUCAAGCAACAAAAUUUCUACUUGGAAGAAGUUAAACCAAUAAGUCGGUGAGAAUGAUGACGCAUGCAUUUGUGACUGCCAUUUGCUGGAAGACUACUAAGUGGAGUUUGUCUGAAAUUGUAUGAGAGAAAUUUACAUUAAAUAAACUUCUAAGGAAAAUA